GGGAGAGAAUCAGAGAAUGAAAGCAGGUGGGGAGGAAAGGGAAGUAGGUCAGAUAGGGUGCCAGCCCCCCAUUCCAAGCUAAGUCUGAGAACCAGGCCCUGAUUCUGUGGCUGCCUGGAUGGCAUCAUGCUGUUGCCUGAGGCACAGCCUAGGACCAGAAGUCAUUGCCCAGGGAACUACUCAGAUGGAAGAGGCUUGGCCUGGUACUGCCCCCUUCUUGAUGGCUGAGAGACCCAGUUCUCUUGGCCAAAUACUGAGGCCCUAAGAUCAGCAGUGAAUGGGCUCUAGACAGGGCACUGUCCUCUGGUUGAAGUCUCUGGGUCUGCUUUGGGGCUCCUUGGGGACACUGGGCCUUGGGGCCUGUGCCUGGUUUGUGUUAGGGUUGAAGAAGAGAGUUGGGGAGGAAGGUGGGGACGGGCAGGAUAGGACCCUGGCAUGGGGCAUGCCUGCCUUGGCCUCUUCCCCCUCCUUCUACUGAGUAAACUCGUGAGUAAACUUGACGUUUUGCCCGGACAGUUUGAAGUUGCCUCGCUGCCCCCCCCCCCAUCCUAGUCCUGCCAACACACGAGCGGCCAGGCGCCAAGGCGGGCCUGGGGGACUAGGGGGAAGGGGGUAGAGCUACUGUCAUCCACCAUCAAGGACUUGGGGGAAGGGCAAGAAAAAACCUGCCACCACCCCCUGCUAGCCAGGUUCCACCUUGGCAAGUGGCUUGGCUAGGGCCUGCCAGCAUCAGUCCCAGAGUCUUGGGGAGCCUAGGGAAAGUAGCCUUGAAGCAGGUCCUCUGCCCACUUCUGACCUCCACCCCACUAGGAAAAGUCACCUAGCUGCCAUCUGGCCCCCUGACUUGCCACCUGAGCUGCCUAGCACAGGGAAAAAACUACCUUUAGCAAAUUCCCCAAAGCAGCCAGAAAUGAUUACCCUCUCCAUUCUGUCCCACAGCAUAGGUUGGGCAUCUUAGCCCACUCUUCCCUGUGGCCUCCGAGCUACUGCGGCCUCUGCCCUGGAGGAUAGCACCCUUAUUUGCUAGCACCCUUUCUUGACCUCACACACAGGCCUAACCACACAUAUACCUUCACUGUACUCACCAUCAAGCCUGGACCUGACCUCCCCCAGCCCCUUUCUCUGCUUGCUGGCUUCCCCAGAACAGAUCAGUCUUCAAAGCUUCCCAGCCUGCAAAUACCUGAGCUAGAUCCAGGAGUUAAAGGUGCCCUAGGCAAAAAUGGGGUAAUGGGAGACAAAUUAAGCCAGUGCCCCUUUCACAAAUACAUGAACUUGCUACCACUUGACAUCACUAAUUCCUCCUAUGCUUCUCCAGGUCACCAGAAUGGCAGGGGGAAAAUGCUUUCCCAGUCCCUGCCUGGCCUCAGAGUGGGGCUCCCCCAGGCUCUUGCUUUCGACCUCAUGUCUCUGGCUUCAGUUUCCUUCCUGUUUCCACCGCCCCCCCCCCCACUUCUCCCCUCCCAUAUACCCCUUUCAACAGACAUCCUCUCCUCUUCCUUCCUCCUUUCCUCUCCCUUUGCCUAGGAGCAGGGGUCUUCUCCCCUGACCAUGGACCUCCUAACCUUUUACCUCUUCUUCUUAAACACAGUCCCCUUGGAGAUUUGUGAUCAAAUCUUCUGCCCUCCCCACCCAUCAACCACCUGCCUGGGAAAGAGGAGAACCCCGGCUUCUCAAGGGAACUACAACUCCCAAGGUAUACUUGAAGCAAUUGUGGUGCACACUGGGAGUUGUAGUCUCCAUGAGAGCUCAAUUUGGCUGAGUCUGGAAAUGUUUCUGCACAAAGAUAAAAGCUUGGAAUGGGUUGGAACAUGGGUACCCUCUACAUCCCCUACUUUGUUCCUCCCAUCCCAUUCCCAUGUGAUGCCAUAUACCCAUGAUUGACAUCCGGCUCCCCUGUGAGACAUGCUACUCAUCCUCACCUAAGGCUCCACCUAAGAGAUGCUCACACCCUGCCCUGCUGCCCCUGGCAGGGGUGAAAUGGAGGGGCCUCAUGAACUCCCUCCCUGCUCCCUGCCCUCUAGGCUGGUUCCCUCCCUUUAUGGGGAUCAAAGGGCAGAGAACAGCCCCACCCCACCCAUCCCCUUACAGGCUGCAGGCACUUGGGCUCUCAAGAAUUGCAGGAACUUUGGUGCCCAAGCAAAUGCUUGGGCAGGAGAAAUGCCAGGAGGAGAAGAUGGGGAGCCCUGAGGAUGACCUGAUUGGGAUUCCAUUCCCAGACCACAGCAGCGAGCUCCUGAGCUGUCUCAAUGAACAGCGCCAGCUGGGCCACCUGUGUGACCUCACCAUCCGGACCCAGGGCCUUGAAUACCGCACCCACAGGGCUGUGCUGGCUGCCUGCAGUCACUACUUUAAGAAGCUCUUCACUGAGGGUGGUGGCGGGGCUGUCAUGGGGACUGGAGGAGGCAGGACUGCUACUGGAGGAGCAGGGGCUGGCGUCUGUGAGCUGGACUUUGUAGGGCCCGAGGCACUGGGUGCCCUACUUGAAUUUGCCUACACAGCCACACUGACCACCAGCAGCGCCAACAUGCCAGCUGUGCUGCAGGCUGCCCGUCUGCUGGAGAUCCCAUGUGUCAUUGCUGCUUGCAUGGAGAUUCUGCAGGGUAGUGGGCUGGAAGCUCCCAGCCCAGACGAGGAUGACUGUGAGAGAGCCCGCCAGUACCUGGAGGCCUUUGCCACAGCCACAGCCUCCGGAGUUCCUAAUGGUGAAGACAGCCCUCCACAAGUGCCCCUUCCGCCACCACCACCGCCACCACCUCGGCCUGUUGCCCGACGAAGCCGUAAACCCCGAAAAGCUUUUUUGCAAACCAAGGGGGCCCGGGCGAACCACCUAGUGCCCGAGGUGCCUGAGGUGCCCACUCAUCCUUUGACCCAUGAGGAGGAGGAGGUGGCAGGCAGAGUGAGCAGCAGUGGAGGCAGUGGGCUAGGGGACAGCUAUAGCCCUCCCACAGGGACUGCCUCACCUCCUGAGGGGCCUCUGAGCUAUGAUGCAUAUGAGGGUGAGGAAGAAGAGGAGGAGCUGGUAUAUCCCCCAGCCUAUGGGCUGGCACAGGGCAGCGGGACCCCACUGUCCCCAGAGGAGCUGGGCUCAGAUGAGGAUGCCAUCGAUCCUGACCUGAUGGCCUACCUAAGCUCCCUGCACCAGGAUCCCCUGGCACCAGGUCUGGAUGGCCAGGACAAACUGGUGCGCAAACGCCGCUCCCAGAUGCCCCAGGAGUGCCCUGUCUGCCACAAGAUCAUCCACGGGGCAGGCAAACUACCACGCCACAUGAGGACACAUACAGGCGAGAAGCCCUUUGCCUGUGAGGUCUGCGGUGUUCGCUUCACCAGGAAUGACAAGUUGAAGAUUCACAUGCGGAAGCACACGGGAGAGCGCCCCUACUCCUGCCCGCAUUGCCCAGCCCGCUUCCUGCACAGCUAUGACCUCAAGAACCACAUGCACCUGCACACAGGGGACCGGCCCUAUGAGUGCCACCUGUGCCACAAGGCUUUCGCCAAGGAGGACCACCUGCAGCGCCACCUCAAGGGCCAGAACUGCCUGGAGGUGCGCACCAGGCGGCGCCGCAAGGACGAUGCGCCUCCACACUACCCUCCACCUUCCACCGCCACCCCGCCCCCCGCUGGCAUCGACCUCUCCAAUGGCCACCUGGACACCUUCCGCCUGUCUCUGGCUCGUUUUUGGGAGCAGUCAGCCCCCUCUGGGCCUCCAGUCUCUACCCCUGGGCCUCCUGAUGAAGAGGAGGAGGAGGCGGCACCCACCACACCCCAGGCUGAAGGUGCCAUGGAGUCCUCUUAAAGAGGGACAAGUGGCCAGGGUGGAGCAGCACAAGGCUGGGGACACCCAUGCCAAGCAGUGGGACAGAGAGCUGGGAUUGGGGGCACUAAGCCUUACUGGCAUCAGAAUCAGCACCCCCCCAGCCCUCAUUCCAAUUCCAAGCUGGGAAGGUUUUGGGGCAGAGGUUCCCCAAAUUAGGGUGAUUCCCCCAAGGAGUGAUACAUGUGAUAUUAUGUAUAUAUUUACAGCUCUAUUGUAAAUGUGGGGGCCCUGUCUCCAGCUGCUCCUGGGGAGUAGAAGCAAUAAUGUACUUAUGAUUUGUGGGGGUCCCACUUCGGCUAUGCGGGUUUCUAAGUGGUGGGGGCUUGGGACCAAAGCCUUGCCCAGCCUCCACGCCCCUUGGGGGUUUGGCUGUGUAAGGGGAUGAAGCACUGCCCCUCCCUUCCGAGACCCCUCCUUCCUGGUUUCUGUUCCCUUUUCCUGACAGAGAAUUAUGCAAAGGGGGCGGCAAAGUAAGGGUAGGUGGGGGGAGCAAGGUGGAAGCUAGAAAGGCUGGGGGACCGGGCCUGUAAGGAAGGAGCCAUCCCGGCCCCCCACCCCCACCCCUCCGCCGGCUCUCAGCGCUGAGUCACGGGGUCCCUGCACAGAAGGGCGGGGUGGCCCGCGCGGCUCGCCCGCCCCUGGGGGUAGCAGGAGGGGCCUCCCGGCUCCCGAGCUGCGCCGCUCUCCUCCCCCUCCCGCCCGCGGCCCCGGGCAGGGAAUGUCUUGUUCCCGCCGCUCCCUCCCCGGGGCCAGAGGGCAGGGCGGGCCGGGCGGCGUCCUACCCAGUCCUCGUCCCCACCUUCUCCCCGCCCAGGUGCGACCCGCCGCCGCCCCUGACUCACGCCGCCCCCGGGCUGAACGGGAUGGCGAGGGACGUGGGGCCGCGCGGGAGCUGGCGCCCCCUGGCGGCCGCUCGGAGCCUGUCCAUGCCCGCCGGCUCCGGGAGCGCGCGCCCCUCCGGGAGAGGGAGCCUUUCCCUGGUCCUUGCUGGCGGGCUUCCUGCUAGGCAAGGGAGAAUAAUCCCCUCACUUUUAGGAUUAAAUCCACCCCAAUUCUGUACAUAGUCUCUCUGUUGGUCUUGUUGAAAUCUAGUUUCAGAUUUUUAACUACCCAAUUCUGCUUGGGGUGGGAGCAUCUCCCCCCCUUCAUCGCUGGGUGCUGGACCCCCGUUGUGGCCUGGGCUCUGCCUUGCACUAUUUCCCCUCCCUGGCCUGACGGUCCCUCCCCCUCCUUCAAGGGGCAGGUUCAGGGGCCCGGUGCUCUUCCCUCCCAUGCACCCCCAUGCCCAUUUGCACAGCUGCCCAGGUACCCCAACAAUGGGGCAGGGUCACAGGGAGGGGGUAGUGGGACCAGUCCCUGUAUCUAUUUAAGAAGUGAUGAUUUAAUAUAUUGGGGUGGGGAGGAGGUCGGGUUUCCCUGGGCCUCAUCUUAGCAUUUCAGGUGAUGGAGGGAGCCAGGGCUGGGGAGACCUGGGGCCUAGCUCCAGAGAUUGGAGACAAUGUGGGCUCUCCUCUCCCUACUGUGGCUUUCCCAGUCAGUGCCUUAGGGGGGGGAGGUCCCCUCCUCUCCUGUUCCUUUCCCCUACCCCUGCCCCCCAUCUCGGGUGUAAGCGACAGGAAGAAAUAAUAAUAAUUUAAGAUUCA